AUGAUGGGCGAGUCAGAGGGUACAAAGUUCGGCUUAGAUGUCAGGAAGAAUGAAAAAGACGGGUUUCAAAAAAGAUUGAAUCCUGUAAUAUCUAAAUUUUUUGUACAGCUCCCUCACAAGUUUCAAAAUGUUGUAAAGAAUCAGCUGAGUAGAUUAGCAAAACAUGAGGGAAUACAUUGGGGAAGAUCUGAUCAGAGAAAUGGGAGUGGAACUUUUAGUGUUUCUGAAGCUGAACUGAAUGAGCAACUGCAAGCAUGGAAAGAAAAUCCUUCUUGGGUUGAUAAGCCAUCAGAAAUAAAGGUGACUGUUCCCAAAGGCUCUCUUUGCAACCUCAAUGUAGAAGUUGAUGUUGGUUUUCCCCCUGAUGCAGUAUAUAAUAUAGUAACAGAUCCUGACAAUAGAAGAGUUUUCAAAAAUAUCAAAGAAGUUAUCUCCCGAAAAGUUUUGGUUGAUGAGGGUCAUAGGCAAGUGGUUGAUCUUGAACAAGCAGCUAUUUGGAAAUUUCUUUGGUGGUCCGGAACUAUUUCAAUAAAUGUUUUGGUUGAUCAAAACCGAAAUGACUACUCUAUGAAGUUCAAGCAAACCAAGACAGGAUUCAUGAAAAAAUUUGAGGGCCACUGGAGAGUCGAGCCUUUAUUUGUCGAUGAAGCAACCUGUUAUCCCUUUAAACCCUCAACAAAGGAAGACUAUAACAUGUGUACGAGAGGCAAAGGAAGAAUCGGGUCUAAAGUUCGUCUAGAACAAAUACUUCAACCUGCGAUUGUCCCUCCACCUCCGAUAUCAUGGUAUCUGAGAGGAAUCACUGCCAAGACAACUGAAAUGCUUAUAACUGAUUUGCAAGCAGAAACUGCCAGAAUUAGAGGAGGAUAUGAGAUUGAAAAAUCCAAGGAAGAGAUUCAAGAAAAAACUGAUAAAAGUUUUGACCUGAUUGCUAACACAAAUGAUAUUAAAGAGAGGUGGAGUAUACGGAGAAAAAACGCAAAGCAGAGUCAUAGAAGACCGAUAGACUGCUAA